AUGUUAAGAUUGUUUUUUAAUAGGGGCUUCAAAACAUAUAUACCAUUGCGUAAUAGUGCCAGCAGUGGUAGUAUUUUUGGUAGUUUAACCAAAGAAGUUGAUCCAACUGCAACUUCCAAAUUAACGGAACGUUUAACGUUACAAAAUGCUGGAAGUGGGAAAAACAACGAUGAUAAGGAAGAUAUUGCAGAAAAAGUAAAACAAGAAUUAAAAUUGGGAGAGGAUAAAAAAUUUCAAGACUUUGUAGUUGCUCAACAACUUGCAAAUUCCACUAAAGGUCGUCCGUUGCUACCUUCAAAACCAUCUGCCGCAACACUAUUGAGUCCACUCAAACAAAAAUUGUAUGAGUUAAAUUGUGAAAUCAAUGAUGGCUUUUACAAAAAAAAUACGGAAAUUAGCUACAAUAACAAUGUUUAUAAAUUAAGAUUGACCCGCCAGGAGUUAAACGCAUUAGAACCUAGUGUUUAUGUGAAAUCCUUGAGAAUCAAAUCUUCUAUGCGCAAGGCUACUGAAUUUCUAAGAUUAUUCGUCGACAAAAAGACACCAGAGGAAAAAAUUAAUGUUAAAACCGCAAUUACACAAUGCCAUUUCAGCGACAAGAAAUUAGCUCGUGAUGUAGCUUCUAUUUUGACUAAAGGUUUAAAAGAUGGUGAAAAAUUGGGAAUUAAUCCAGAUGAUCUAUAUAUUGAUCAAAUUUGGUGUGGCAGUGAUGGGAAAUGGUCGAAGAGAGUUGAAUUUAAGGGCAGGGGUAGAGUUGGUGUUAUUCAACAUAGAUAUAUCCAUAUCAGAGCCAUAUUAAAAAGCAAAAGCGUCACCUUAAAGAGAUUAAUUGCUGAGAAUAAGGAAAAAUUAGAUUCUAAAAAACCAUGGAUACAAUUGGGAGAUAAAAAAAUAAGAGGUGUGCCCGGCUCAGCUUUUAAAUGGUAA